AAAAGGGUUGUACUUGCACCGAACCAAAACCGCACGGCAAUACCAUUCAUUCAGCAACAGCGAUAUGCCGCCAAUGAAGUUUGUGGUGAAGAAGGCAUGGAGCAGUGGUGGAUGUGGUCGGGUAGGAGCACUAGAGAUGGGAAGCUGCCCGGGACCCAUAGAGACACCCGCUCUUCUCCUAUCUACUCGUAAAGGGCUUCCUCACUUUAUCUCCCCUGACCUACUCACUUCUCUCCCUUCCCCCGAUUCCCAUCUCCUUCAAAUUUCUCCACUCCACUUUUUGGAAGGACUUGCUUCAACCACUAUAUCAAAAUUAGGAGGGCUUCACCAAAUGCUUGGUUUGCACCAAUAUGGAAUGGCGGCUGUAGCCAGGGAUUCCAUUCAAUGCCUUCCUGAGUCUAAGGGAGCUACCAAACUCGGAGCCUCUUUUGAAACUCCUUGUGGUCGUCUGUUGAUUAAACCCAAAGAUUAUGUUGAAAUGAUUUCAUGCAUGAGGCCUAAUAUAUGGGCCACUUUGGCUGAUGAAGUACCUGCUUGGGUGACUGAUAAAAGGAACAAAACCUCAGUAGACAGAACUGUGCGAUGGCUUGAUGACUGCCUUGCAUUAAAUCCGGUAGUUGGAUCAGUCUUUGGUGCCAUUGUUGGAGGCACGAAUUUGGAUGAAAGGAAGCGAUGUGCAGAGGAGGUAGCCAAGCGAAAUGUAUCAGGUUAUUGGAUUGGAGGAUUUGGUCUUGGAGAGGGCAUUGAUGAGCGACCUGCUCUUCUAAGUGCUAUUAUAGAUCUCUUGCCAGAUGAAAAGCCACGCAUGAUCAGUGGGCUUGGACUCCCGGAGGAGAUCUUGGAGGGCAUUGAUGCUGGGAUUGAUCUUUUUGAUUCAACGUACAUCUAUUCCCUCACACUUGGAGGAUUUGCACUAACGUUUUCACUAGACAAGGGUGGGAAUCAAUAUAAUUUUCAGAAAAGCCAGAUUGGAAGUGACUUGACUAAAAUUAAUUUGAGAGCAAAAGUUUACAGGAAAGAUAUGUCACCCAUUUUAGGAAACUGCAUCUGCUAUACAUGCCAGAAUCAUACUAAAGCAUACAUCAAUCACCUAUUUAAUGUUCAUGAAAUGCUGGCACAGAUUCUGUUAGAAAUCCAUAAUACACACCACUACUUGACGUUCUUUCAUGUAAUAAGAGAAUCAAUAAAGGAUGGAAGGUUUGAGAAAUUUAGACAGACAUUCAUCGAGAGCAGGCGUGCCCAUCAGGAAAGGGAAGCUGUUUGUGCUUGAGGUCAUAUAAGCUUAGGUGUAUUCAUCUGGGUUUUAACUUGGAUUUCUAUGAAGCGCGAACCAAGUAUUGUACAAAAAGACUUCAAUUUUAGUUGUGUAAACUGGUUCGUUUAAAUGCCAAUAGAUACAAUUUAUUUGAUUGCAGAGUGUUAUCUUAACUAUUACUUUUUAACUAAAGAUGCUAACAUUACUCA